AUGUCCACGGAUUUGAAAUUCCCUACAAACUUUAUGUGGGGCACAGCUACUGCGUCCUAUCAGAUUGAAGGCGCUGUAAAUGAAGGUGGACGUGGUGACUGCAUUUGGGACGCUUUCUCGCGUACACCAGGUAAGAUUGUGAAUGGCGAUACAGGUGAAAAAGCGGUGGAUCAUUAUCAUCGCUAUAAAGAAGAUGUACAGCUUAUGAAGAAGAUGGGACUCGAGUUCUAUCGAUUCUCCAUUGCUUGGCCACGUAUCAUUCCUGCUGGAAUUGGUAAAGUUAACGAGGAGGGCGUCGAGUUUUACAAUAAUCUGAUUAAUGAACUACUGGCUAACCACAUCACACCAUUGGUGACGCUGUACCAUUGGGAUCUACCAUUGGCACUGCAGACCGAGUACGAUGGUUGGCUAGGAGGCAGAUUUAUCCAGGAUGCCUUUACGCAGUAUGCACGUGUGUGUUUUCAACGUUUUGGGGACCGGGUGAAAAACUGGCUGACACUGAAUGAGCCCUGGUGUGCGGCCUAUCUGGGCUAUGGCACUGGUGUUCACGCUCCAGGACGUAAGUCUAAGCCACAGAUAGAGGCGUAUCUCUCUGGUCAUAAUUUGUUGCUGGCCCACGCACGUGCUGUGGAAGCGUACCGCAACGAGUUUCAAGCCAUACAAAAGGGAAGGAUUGGAAUCACACUUAACUGUGACUGGCGUGAACCAGCACCGACAGAUGACCCAACGCAGAAGGCUGAGAACGAGGAGGCUGCUGAACGCUCGCUGCUUUUUUCCCUUGGAUGGUUUGCUGAUCCAGUAUACAAGGGAGAUUACCCGCAAGUUAUGAAGGACCGCUGUGGACUUCGUCUACCAAAAUUUACCGAAGAGGAGAAGAAGUUGAUGAAAGGUAGCUCCGACUUCUUUGGCCUGAAUCACUACGGACUCAACUACGCUGAGCCAUCGGACGAAUACAAGUCCAAGAUCCCUCCGCCAAAUGACAGCACUGGUGGCUUUGGACCUGACGAGGGAACAAAACUGACGUCAGAUGACUCGUGGAAGCGCACAGACAUGGGCUGGAAUGCCGUUGGUUGGGGCUUUCAGAAACUGUUGGUCUGGAUUCAAAAGCGCUAUGCAGUCCCAAAUGGUAUCUGGGUCACGGAGAACGGAUGCGCCUGGCCGGACCGCACCAAGGAAGAGGCUCAGACUGACGACUUCCGUGUGGAGUUUUACAAGGAAUAUCUUACCGGUCUGCACAAUGCUUUGGCGGAAGGUGCAGAUGUGCGUGGAUACUUUGCUUGGUCUUUUGUGGACAACUACGAGUGGGCUGAGGGUUACUCGAAGCGAUUCGGGUUGCACUGGGUCAACUAUGAGACGAUGGAGCGUACGCCCAAGAAGUCAGCGCUUUGGUACGGCGAUGUCAUCCGCAACAACGGAUUCACUACUUGUCAGCUACGAGGUUAG